GAGGGCCGGAGCUGUGCCUGGUCGCGUCAGCGGAAGACACCAGCCAUCGGCAAGCCACAGCCUCUCAGCACGCCAGCAGCUCGGCGCCUCGGCCAGCACGUCGACGGAAGACACUCGGGCGACCAGCAGGCAGCAGCACGCCAGCUGCAGACCUCUCAGGUGGUUUCCCUUAACUGCAUCCUUGCAAACAUCGGCUUCAUUUGUCCAUUUGCGUGCGUACCGUGGUGUAAAAUUUUGAUGUGCCAAAUUAAGGAAGAGUUAAUUUGCAGAGAGAUGGAAAGUGGGAUAUGUACAUGUACUGUAGUUAAUUUGUCUGGCAGUUCAAGUGCUGAAUUGCUCGCUACCUUCUGUGAUAACAUUCUGAAGAAAGGCUGCAGUGAAAAGCUCAGUGAUGAAGCCAUUGAAGAUGCCCUUGAGAAGGUGGUAAGAUUGCUUGCAUACAUCAGUGAUAAAGACCUCUUUGCUGAGCUAUCUUCCAGGAAGAAACUUGCAAGAAGAUUGCUUUUCGACAAAAGUGCUAAUGCUGAGCUAUCAGUGAUAAGAUUGCUCCUGUGGUGGCUUUUUUUUCCCUCUUUUUUUAAUGGUUUGCCGAGUGUAUUUUAAGGGCACUCGGCAAACCCUCUACUUUUUGCCGAGUGUAUUCCCUCGACACUCGGCAAACUGGCGCUUUUUUUUGCCGAGUGUCGGAUUUCACUCUCGGCAAAAUAGUUUGCCGAGUGCGCGAUAGAAAACAGUCGGCAAACAAUUGUUUGCCGGCACGUUG